AUGUGCAUCAAUUCGGUUACGUGUGGAAGUGGCUCCACUUGCGAGUGUGUUGUGACCGCACUCCGGGAGCACUGGGACGAGGCCAAUGCCCGCGUGCUGCAGCGCAAGGCGCAGCUGGACGCCAUGCUGGGCGACUCGCAGCGGUACGAGGCGCGGCGCCGCGACGCCGACGCCUGGCUGUCGCGCAUGGAGGCCCGCCUGGCAGCCAUGCAGCCGCCAGCUAACACUGCUGAUUCGUUCCACGCUGAAGUGCAUCAAUACAAACACCAGAUUGAACUAUUUGGUCAGCUGACACAGCGCCUCAUUGCGGUGUAUCGCAAUGACGAUACAACUCGCAUCAAACGUUCCACUGAGGCUAUCAACCAUAGAUACAAUGAGCUGAACAACAGCAUUGUCGCUCGAGGCAAAGCGUUGCAUUCAGCUGUAUCAUCGCUGCAGAACUUCGACCGUUCGCUGGAGAAAUUUGUUGCUUGGCUGAGCGAGGCGGAGUCGUUGCUGGACGCUGCGGAGAGAGAUCCUCAUCUGUUAAAGUGCUGGGAACGCGCGGAAUGUGUUGUGACGAAAACUUCCCUCAAUUCGGGAACUUCCCCCAAGAAUCUCGGGUUAAUUCAUUGA